CUACAUAAGGGGAAAAACUGCCAACAGAUUCGAAAGCCUGGUUUACGACCCAAAAUGAAAGUUUUCCUUGUACUAACUGCUCUGCUAGCCGCCGGCACCUCCCUUUCCACUAAGGAGCGCAUUCAUGGCGAGAACGGCUGGUAUGUACCGAAAAUAGAUGGCACCAGAGAGUGGAUGGAUCUGCAGAAGGCCAAGAAGCUGUUGGUCAACGAUAAAAGAUUCCUUUACGACGCUGAUGUCUCCUUCUAUCUCUACACCAGAUCAAAUCCAACCAAUGGCGAGGAAAUCAGCUCCUCGGAAGAGUCUAUAUAUGAUUCGCACUUCAACAAGAAACAUCCCACGCGUUUUGUCAUUCAUGGCUGGACUCAGAGCCACUCAGACUCAAUGAAUACCAAAAUCACCAGGGCUUGGCUGGCGCGUGGUGAUAACAAUAUCAUUGUUGUGGAUUGGGAGCGGGCUCGCUCCGUUGACUAUGUAUCCUCGGUGGUUGCUGUGCCCGAUACUGGCGUCAAGGUGGGUGAAAUGAUCAAGUACCUGCACGAUAGACACGGCAUGUGCCUAAAAAGCCUAAUAGUCAUUGGUCACAGUCUGGGCGCCCAUGUUGCUGGUUAUGCUGGCAAGACCGUUGGUAGUGGUCGUAUCCAUACCAUUAUCGGAUUGGAUACUGCUCUGCCCCUCUUCAGCUAUAACGAGCCUAAUCGUCGCCUGUCUUCCGAUGAUGCCUUCUACGUGGAGACCAUUCACACCAAUGGCGGCGUUUUAGGUUUCCUGAAGCCCAUUGGCAAGAGUGCUUUCUAUCCCAACGGCGGCAUCCGACAGCCGAAAUGCGGUUCCGUCGGCUACAACAGCUGCUCCCACAAACGCUCUGUCACCUACUAUGUCGAAGCCGUCACCCAUAACAACUUUGCAGCCAUCAAAUGCAGCGACUACAUAUCAGUUAUGGAAAAGGAUUGCAGCGGCACCUACAAACACGUUCGCAUGGGGGCCGUUACCAACGCGAAUAGGGCUGAAGGCACCUACUACGUUCCUGUGAAGCGGAGAGCACCCUUUGGCUACAACAAACUACCAACUGAUUUGUAGAAGAGUGUAUUUUCUUGCAAUAUUUCAAAUAUAAUCGUUUUGGUUAUGGUAUAA